ACAUUGGUGUUUUGGGUAAACGCAAAGAAGGCCGAGAUUUUUCCUGUUCGUGUUUUUCUACUUUUUUUGUGCCCAGACAAAUAGAUUUAUUUGUUUCUGUCUUAAUGGACAGGCUUUCAAGCUAGGAACAAGUUUUACAAGCUCUCGUAUCCUGUUAGAAACCCGGUGAACAAAUACGCGUAGAAUGGAUUCUCGAUAUGGUCGCAGCUUCUCGGGAGGCAACGGAAAUGGGAAUGAUUCGGGCUACAGACGUUAUACUCGUUCCCGUUCCCGAUCCAGAGACCGCAGUCGGGAUCGCAGCGACUAUAGACGUCGCAAUUCGCGUUCGCGGAGUAGGGAGAGAUCCUCGCACUAUAGACACGAUCGCAGUCCAGAUCGCGACCUCUACAGAGAUUUGAUCAACGAGGACUACGAUGAUCAGGGAUCCUAUAGCUCACGUCAAAAUUCCGAUCAUUACAAUCAUCGCGGAGACGACAAUUACGAUCGUCGAGAUCCUGAUAGCCACAAUCGCAGAGAGCAUGAUAACUACAAUAACCAUGACCGUCGUGAUCAGAAUAACUAUGACAAACGCAAUCAGGAUAGAUAUAAUAGUGAUAAUCGCUAUAAGAAUUAUGAACGGAAGUCAAAGGAUCGGAAUUACGACGACUUUGAUAGAGGAUCUGAACGCAAUAGCCGCAGUGGUGAUCAUCGGCAGUUCAACAAUGGUCACAGUAAAGAUCGCGAAAGGGAUCGUGAGCGUGAAAGGCAAUAUUCCUCGGAUGAGGACAGCGACACGGUCAAUGAAUUUAAGCAGAAGGGCCCUUAUCAUAGUGGCAACAACGUGGAGCCGCUAAACAACAUUAUCCUAUUUGGUCUAAAGAAGCACGUCACGGAGGCAGAUAUCAUGGGCGAGCUGAUAAAAGUCGACAUGGAACCCAGUUCCAUUCGCGUGAUGAGGAAACAGCCUACAGGUGCCUCACGCUGUUUUGCAUUUGUCGAGUUUAAAACCGUUGAGGAGGCGAGACAUUGGAUGGAUUUGACACAGGGCGUGCUACAACUGGGCGACCAUCGUGCAUCCAUGCAGUAUAGCCACACUCGCAUUUCGGAUUGGACCUGUGUUAAGUGUGGUGCCAGUAACUUUAAGAGGCGUUUCCAGUGCUUUGUGUGCAGCUCCUCGCGGGCGGAGAGCGAGAAUGCUCUGUCCGGAGCCGGCGAGGGCGUCGACGAGAUCAGCCGCAUCCUUACAAAAAAGAUCAUGCUUCGCGGCUUGGACGCGUUGACAAACGAGGAGGGCGUGCUCACUGCCCUCCAGCAGCACCUGCCCGACUUGGCCAAAACAGUUAGCAAGGUGCUGAUCAGCCGCGACGCUCUCACCCAGGCAUCUAGGGGCAUCUGUUACCUCAAUUUCGACACUCUCAUCGAUUCGAUGAACGUGUACAACGGGUUGACGGCGCUGGAUCCGCCGCUAACUCUAGAUGAUAAAACUGUUAUCAUUUCCUACUGCGUCGACUCGGAGAAUCGUCAAAUGUUUACAGCCGAUUCCAAUGCAUCUAGAUCUGCAAGUAUUCAGGGUGCUGCGAUGCCACCUUCCGCUGUGACCGGUUACACCCUGGCGGAUGUACCACGUCUCGCCGAGUACAGUGCUUCCGUUUACGCCUCAAAUCCUGUGGAGCAUGCCCACUACGUCCAGUACUAUACGGAUUACUACACGACUGAAAUAGGCAAAAACAGCGGGGACCCGACCGUUACUGAGGCAAACUCCGGAGCAGCAGUGGCCCUAUCGGCCAUGAUGCGCAAGCAGAGGAAGACAAGUCAAAUGGAGACUGUGAGCUCUGUGGCGGAGGCGAAGGCUGCCUUUCUUGCUCGUGGAGCCAGUGCGCCGAGGGGAAACGAUGGAAAGAAAUACGCCACUCCGGAUGUGUCCAAGUAUCAGUACGAUGAGACCUCCGGGUACUACUAUGACCAUAUAACGGGUCUCUACUACGAUGCCCACUCGCAGUACUACUACAACAACGAGACGGGGGCAUAUCUCUACUGGGAUCAGCGGAGGAGCACCUAUGUGCUGGCCACACCCGCCUCCACUCAGGCAGCACUGCAGGAAGUACUGGCCGAGGCCGAGAAGAAGGAGGAGGAGGCCAAAAAGGCCAAGGAAAAGGAGAAGGAAAAAGAAGAAGCUGGCAAGCCUGAUAAAGUCAAGGUUGCCAAGAAGAUUGUAAAGGACAUGGAGAAGUGGGCCAAACACUUAAACCAGAGGAAAGACUACACAGCGGUGGCCACUCCGCAGCCCAUCCUUUCGGGAAAUGAAGCACCGACCACAUCGCGUGGAGCUCAAGGAGCUUAUGCUGAUGUUGGCUUUUCCAUUCUUGAGAAAAAGGAGCGUGGCAAGCUCAAUGACUAUGUGCCACAGGCAGGACCACCAGUGAUAAACAAGCUCGUCAAUGCCUACGGAGGAGCAUCCGAUUCAGAAGAUGACAACGCUGCCGCUGCUGCAUCCCAGAAACCAGUGGAAUCGGGUGGUGAUGAAUCGGACUAUGUGGACCUACAGAAGCUAACCUGUCUGCUUUGCAAGCGUGCCUUCCAAUCGCUGGAUAUCUUGCAGAAGCACUUAAAGAUGUCCAAUCUGCACAAGGAGAAUCUGGCCAAGCUAAAGCAAAAUUCUGCACCGGCCGCCCUUGAUGAGGGACUAUCUUAUCGUGACCGUGCCAAGGAGCGCAGACUGAAGUACGGCGAGAGUGAUCCUCCUCCGCCAAAUCGAAGCAGGGAGCGCUUCGAACAAGAAAUAAAGACUUUGCAGACACGGCAGAAGGGUUCCACUGCGUCUGCUCCAGCCAUGCCAAUCAGUUCAAGCAACGUGGGCAGUCGUCUAAUGCAGAAAAUGGGCUGGUCGGAAGGUCAGGGAUUGGGCAGGAAGAACCAGGGACGCACCCAGAUCAUAGAGGCUGAUGGGAGAACAAACAAUGUGGGACUGGGCAACAAGGCUGGUAGCAUGCAGCCUGGAAACGACUACAAAUCCUACAUUAAGAAGAUGAUGAAGCAGCGCUAUGAGAACGCCUGAGAAACCCUUUGGACAUUUACGAUAUAAUUCCGCUUAAAUAUAGAGGCAUUUAGGCAUUUGUUACCUCAAAAACACAUCCACCACCUUACUGCGCUCAUUUAGUAUAACUUUUCAAGUUAACAUGUAAAUAGUUUACGAUUAAAGUUUCAAAUUAUAUUUGAAUUGAACUUUGAACAUA